AUGGGUCAAACACUCUCCGAACCCGUUGUCGAGAAGACAUCCGAGAAUGGAGCCGAUACACGACUGUUCUAUGGCGUCUCUGCGAUGCAGGGCUGGCGCAUCAGCAUGGAGGAUGCCCAUACCGCCGUCCUAGACCUGCUCGCCGACAGCCCCGAUGCCAAGGACCACACCUCCAAGCUAUCCUUCUUCGGCGUCUUUGACGGCCACGGCGGCGACAAGGUGGCACUGUUUACCGGCGAUAAUAUCCACAAUAUCAUCGCGAGGCAGGAUACCUUCAAGACAGGCAACUACGAGCAGGCGCUCAAGGACGGCUUCCUCGCGACCGACCGCGCAAUACUCAACGAUCCAAAGUACGAGGAGGAAGUCUCUGGCUGCACCGCGUGCGUCGGUCUGAUCACCGACGACAAGAUCUAUGUUGCCAACGCUGGUGACUCCAGGAGUGUUUUGGGUGUGAAGGGCCGCGCUAAGCCCCUGUCCUUUGACCACAAGCCCCAGAAUGAAGGUGAGAAGGCAAGAAUCACCGCCGCCGGCGGCUUUGUCGACUUCGGACGAGUGAACGGCAACCUCGCCCUCUCUCGCGCCAUCGGCGACUUCGAGUUCAAGAAAAGCGCAGACUUGGCCCCUGAGCAACAAAUCGUCACUGCCUAUCCCGACGUCGUGGUACACGAUCUUGCCGAGGACGAUGAGUUUCUGGUGAUUGCAUGUGAUGGCAUCUGGGACUGCCAGUCCUCUCAGGCCGUUAUCGAGUUUGUCCGCCGUGGUAUUGCGGCAAAGCAGGACCUGGACAAGAUUUGCGAGAAUAUGAUGGACAAUUGUCUGGCAUCAAACUCGGAGACGGGCGGCGUUGGCUGCGACAAUAUGACCAUGGUCAUCAUUGGGUUCCUGCGUGGGCGGACUAAGGAUGAGUGGUACGAGGAGAUUGCCAGGCGGGUUGCCAAUGGUGACGGUCCCUGUGCCCCACCCGAAUAUGCCGAGUUCCGAGGUCCUGGUGUUCAUCACAAUUUUGAUGACAAUAGCAACUCUUAUGAAAACGAGAGCGAGUCCAAGACCAAGCCUUUCGGGAUGGGAGGCUACAAGGGCCGCAUCAUCUUCCUUGGCGACGGCACUGAGGUCCUGACCGACUCUGACGACACCGAGAUGUUCGACAACUCCGAAGAGGACAAGGACCUGGCCAGCCAGGUCUCGAAGGGGUCUUCAUCGGGCACCUCUGAAGACGAUUCCCACCCCGAGGUCAUUGGCAGCCCCGUGACUCCCGAGAAGCUUGAUCCCAGCAUGGAUCUGGACCAGAAGACGCUUGGCUCCAAGGACGGUCCUGCCUCGGCUGAGGCCACAAAGUCUGGGGAGAGCUCCAAUAAGUCGCAGAAGAAGGAAGAUUAG